CGCUGCGUCCAAACCGCACACAGACUGCAGAAGAAGAAGGCCUGCGGAAACAUGGCGGCGCAGAGUGAUUACGGAACAGAAAUCCUGAACUUGAGUCGUGAUUAAAUUCGGUCCCGUCGCUUUCUGCCGCCCGGUGUCGGCCCGAGCCCGGUGAGAGGAUGGCCCACCGCUACCUGCGGCUGUCGGCCGGCUGCAGGAGCACUCUCCGGCUGCUGCUGUCCUCCAGCGCUCCGGCCCGGCUGGUGACGUGCUCGACCACGGUGGAACAGGUGGAGAGGAGGCGGAGCCUGCUGAGCGACCUGCUGGGAGUGUACAGGAGACUCAGCUCCAGACCGCCUAAAGGAUUUGAGAAAUAUUUUCCAGAAAGUCAGAAAACUCCAAAAAACUCUGAAACUCAAGAGGAAGCAACCAAAGGAGGAGGAGGAGGAGGAGGACGAGGAGCAGGGGGAGGAGGCGGGGGAGGUGGAAAACGAGGAGGUCGUAGGGAGGACUCACACUGGUACAACCGACUGCAGAAGGGGGACUUUCCGUGGGAUGACAGAGAGUUUCGUCUGUACUUCCUGAGCGGCGUGGCGUUCUGGACCACUGUCACGUAUUACGUCUUCUUCAGGGACGGAGGUCGAGAAGUCACCUGGAAAGACUUUGUCAACAACUACCUGUCCAAAGGCGUGGUGGAUCGGUUAGAGGUCGUCAACAAGCGGUAUGUGAGAGUGGUCUUCUCUCCAGGGAAGACGCCGGUGGACGGGCAGUACAUCUGGUUUAACAUUGGCAGCGUGGACACGUUCGAGAGGAAUCUGGAGACGGCUCAGUAUGAGCUCGGCAUCGAGGGAGAGAACAGACUGCCGGUGGUUUAUUCCACCGAGAGCGACGGAACGUUCCUGCUGAGCAUGCUCCCCACCGUGCUUAUCAUUGGCUUCCUGCUCUUCAUGCUGCGGCGGGGCCCGGCGGGGGCAGGGCGCCCCGGUCGGGGGAUGGGCGGGCUGUUCAGCGUCAGCGAGACCACCGCAAAGAUCCUAAAAGACGAAAUUGACGUAAAAUUUAAAGAUGUGGCGGGCUGCGAGGAAGCCAAGCUGGAAAUCAUGGAAUUUGUCAACUUCCUCAAGAACCCCAAACAGUACCAGGACCUGGGCGCCAAAAUCCCCAAGGGAGCCAUCCUAACAGGUCCUCCUGGAACAGGAAAAACUCUUCUGGCCAAAGCGACGGCGGGUGAGGCCAACGUACCGUUCAUCACUGUCAACGGCUCCGAAUUCCUGGAGAUGUUUGUGGGCGUCGGCCCCGCCAGGGUCAGAGAUCUGUUCGUCAUGGCGAGGAAGAACGCUCCCUGCAUCCUCUUCAUUGACGAGAUUGACGCCGUGGGACGCAAACGAGGACGAGGGAACUUCGGAGGACAGAGCGAGCAGGAGAACACGCUCAACCAGCUGCUAGUGGAGAUGGACGGAUUCAACACGGCGACCAACGUGGUGGUUCUGGCAGGAACCAACCGGCCCGACAUCCUGGACCCCGCUCUGAUGAGACCCGGACGCUUCGACAGGCAGAUUUACAUUGGUCCCCCAGACAUCAAAGGUCGAGCGUCCAUCUUUAAAGUCCACCUGCGUCCUCUCAAGCUGGACGGCGAGCUGGACAAAGAUGCUCUGGCCAAAAAGAUGGCGGCGCUGACACCCGGGUUCUCAGGCGCAGACAUCGCCAAUGUGUGCAAUGAGGCGGCUCUGAUCGCCGCACGCCACCUCUCUGACGCCAUCAAUCAGAAGCACUUUGAGCAGGCCAUCGAGAGGGUGAUAGGAGGUCUGGAGAAGAAGACUCAGGUGCUGCAGCCGGAGGAGAAGAAGACAGUAGCGUACCAUGAGGCCGGUCACGCCGUCGCCGGAUGGUUCUUGGAGCACGCCGACCCUCUACUGAAGGUGUCCAUCAUCCCGCGGGGGAAGGGUCUGGGUUACGCUCAGUACCUGCCCAAAGAGCAGUACCUGUACACCCGUGAGCAGCUGAUGGACCGCAUGUGCAUGACGCUGGGGGGGCGUGUCUCAGAGGAGAUCUUCUUCGGACGCAUCACCACCGGAGCCCAGGACGACCUCCGCAAGGUCACCCAGAGCGCCUACGCCCAGAUCGUUCAGUUCGGGAUGAAUGCGAAGGUGGGUCAGGUGUCCUUCGACCUGCCACGGCAGGGCGAGAUGGUUCUGGAGAAACCGUACAGCGAAGCCACGGCCCGCCUCAUCGACACUGAGGUGCGGAGCCUCAUCACCGAGGCGCACCAGAGAACCCACCGCCUGCUGAGCGACAAGAAGGCCGAGGUGGAGAAGGUGGCGCUGCGGCUGCUGGAGAAGGAGGUUCUGGAUAAGAGCGACAUGGUAGAACUGCUGGGAAAACGUCCGUUCGCAGAAAAGUCGACAUACGAGGAGUUUGUGGAGGGAACCGGCAGCGUGGACGAGGACACGACGCUGCCAGAGGGCCUGAAGGACUGGAACCAGGAGAGGAGGGACAAGGACGAGAGCCCGGACGAGCAGGUGGCCCGCCAGAUCUCCGGAGGAAUGCCUUUCUAGAACCUUCUCAUGCAGGCAGAAAACCCAGAAACUGACCCGGCCUCCUCACCUGUGUCCAAAGCAUCGUCCGUCUGAAAGUCGAGAACCUCCUUUGCACCCGACAUUCUUUAGCUUUUUGUUGGAUCCCCUGCCCAGCCCACAACUCAUCUAGAACUUAUCUAGAACUUACCCAAAGUUCUGCACUCUCCGUUCUGCUUGUAAAACUUUUCCUCACAGUUGGAGAACCUUCACUCAGCUCUGACCUGAUGGAACUGAUGCAAGGGAACCUUGCACAGAAAUGUUCUAGAUCUGAAACAGCUGCUGUCGAACCCUCAAGAGCCUUCACUCCAGUAUCGGGUUCUGGAACAGUCGACCACAGACUGCAGAACCCCUCUGUUAGGAGGAAGGGUACUAAAACCUCCUGAGCCCCCUGUUCCUCAAAAACUAGUACCAGACUCAUAAAACCACAUUCUUCAUAAACUAGACCAAGAUUAAUAGAACCAUGUUCUUCAUAAAUUAGAACCAAACUCAUAGAAACCUGUUCCUCAUAAUCUAGAACCCGACUCAUAGAACCCUGUCACCAAGGUCUUGAACUUUCAGAUCUCCUGACGUUAGAACCCUUGUUCUGGAGCAGGGUUCUCAGUCAGUCAUAGAGCACACACACUUCUACAUGUUCUACAGUAACAGCAAACCUCAUCCUGUUAACUAGAACCUCCCCUGACUGAUAGAACCCACAUUGACUUUGUCAGUAACUUUCACUCCAAAACAGAGAACGUUUCAUUUCUGUGGUUCUGAAAUUAACUGCAACCGCAACACAUGACUUCACAAACUUAAAGAACCCUGCCACUGAGAUCUAGACUCUUCACAUAACUAUAGAACCAUUCUCUGCUCUAGAACCCCCUGAAAGGUUCCACGUCGGGAAACGCUGGGUGGGUUUGCGUAGAACCCUGUCAGUUUCAGGCUCUAGAGCCGGACUGCAGCAGUGGGUUCCUCGUCUCUGUUCUCCUCAGAACCCGCAGCUCUCAGCAGAACCGCCUGCUGACGUCGUAACUCACAGUCUGCCUGCGUCAUUAAUCUGAAUGUUCUGCGCAGAGAACGUCUGCUUCUCCAUCAUCAUCACCACCGUCACCAUGGUAACAGCUGCAGCCUGUGCUGAUCAGGUGUUGAUUAGUUAUUGAUCAGCUGAGUGUCUCCUGGACUCAUCAAUAUGAUCUGUGAUGGUAAUUAGAAUAAUAAUGAUAAUGUGUGUUCAGUUUCAUGAUUAAAACAUUUAAGUCAUCAA